AUGCUUGCUCGGCUGCUCUUCUGGCGUACGCGCCUCCGUCGGCGCUUUCAGUUCUACUGUGCCCCUAGUGGCGCUCGUUGCACCGGCUACGAUAUGGACGAAAUUGUGGAUCUGCUGCACGAGGCUGCCCUGCGCGCCUGCGGCGACGGGAAGCUCAUUCUUGUAGUGCACGAUUUUGGCGCAAUCUAUGGCAUGCUGCUGGCCGCACGCUUCCCUGAACUUAUCCGCUGCGUGAUCGCGCUAGAUAUCGGGUAUAUCGAGCUUGCUGGCCUCGCAGGGCCGCACAGCUGCCGCGGCCUGCGCAACCUCUGCUUCUUCGGGGCGAUGUAUCAGUGGGCGCUCUGCUUGUGCUGGCUGCUUCAGCUGCUCCCUCUCAUCGGCCACUUGAUGCGCGCGGCCUGCUUUUGUUGCCGGCCAGCGUCGUGCUACAGCUACUUUUAUCUGCACACCCGUUGCUGCUACGAGCCGGCAUGGCGAGAGAGCAUCGACUGGACGCGCUACCCGCCCCAGCCGACGCUGUUCUUGCAUGCCGCGUGGCUUUGGCCGCUGAGCAAGUUCCUGCGCUUCUACGACGAGGCGUGGGCACGCGGCCUCGUGACGCGGGGCGAUGGCUCUCGGGCUCUGCGCAUGAGGGGGGACCACUACUUCUUCACGAGGCGACACCCCUUCCGCAUUUUACCCAACGACCUGGCGGAGGUCUGCGCCGCAAUCGACGCCUUUCUGGACGACGUCCCGUUGAGCGCCGCGGGCUGUGGUGUAUAA